AUUGCUAAAAUUGUUUUAAAAUUAAACUUGGAAAAUUUGAAUGAUAUUACCGUAAUUAUACAACCAAAUAUAUAUGACACUUUAAUAAUCAGAUUCUAAAUAACGAAUAAUAUGGUUUAUAUUUUCCCUCUCACUCUUCUAUUCUUGCAUAUUCAUUUAAUUAGUUCAAAUUUUUUAAUAAUACCCAACUUUUGGUAUUUUUCAAUUACUUCCAUUAUUUCGGUUUUAACCAUGAUUCCUCCAAUAGUAAAAGUAAUUGAUCUAAAUGGUACACGAUCUUUCCAAAUAAUAAAAAAAGAUUCUAAUUCUUUUGAUUUAAACAUUUUAACAUCUUCUAUAUGCAAUUCAUGAAAAUUUUUUGGUGAAAAUUUAGAAAUAAUUUUCAACGCAUCACUUACUUUCGUGCGCGUAUAUAACUUAACUUUAAG